AUGCCCGAGAACGUAGCGAGUGGCCGCGGGAAUGACGCCUACCAGGACCGCGACAAGCCGGCCCAGAUCCGCUUCAGCAACAUUUCUGAGGCCAAAGCGGUUGCUGAUGACGUUAGAACAAGCCUUGGACCUAAGGGAAUGGACAAAAUGAUUCAAGAUGGAAAAGAUGAUGUGACCAUUACAAAUGAUGGUACCACUAUUCUGAAACAAAUGCAAGUAUUGCACCCUGCAGCCAGAAUGCUGGUGGAGCUGUCUAAAGCUAAAGACAUAGAAGCAGGGCAUGGGACCACAUCAGUUGUCAUCAUUGCUGGCUCUCUUUUAGACUCCUGUACCAAGCUUCUGCAGAAAGGUAUACUUCCAACCAUCAUUUCUGAGUCUUUCCAAAAAGCUUUGGAAAAGGGUCUUGAAAUGCUUACUGACAUGUCUUGACCUAUGAAACUGAGCGACAGAGAAACUCUGUUAAAUAGUGCAACCACUUCAUUGAAGUCAAAGGCUGUCUCUCAGUAUCCAAGCCUUCUCUCUCCAAUGAGCGUUAAUGCGGUGAUGAAAGUGAUUGACCGAGCUGCAGCUACCAGUGUAGACCUUAGAGAUAUUAAAAUAGUUAAGAAUCUCGGUGGGACAAUAGACGACUGCGAGCUGGUGGAAGGUCUUGUUCUCACCCAGAAAGUGGCAAAUUCUGGCAUAACAAGAGCUGAAAAGGCUAAGAUUGGCCUUAUUCAGUUUUGCUUGUCUGCUCCUAAAACAGAUAUGCAUAAUCAGAUCAUAGUGUCUGACUAUGCACAGAUGGACCGAGUGCUUCGAGAAGAGAGAGGCUAUAUUUUAAAUCUGGUGAAGCAGAUUAAGAAGACGGGAUGUAAUUUCCUUCUCACACAGAAGUCUACCCUCAGAGAUGCGCUUAGUGACCUUGUGUUACAUUUUCUGAAUAAGAUGAAGAUUAUGGUGGUUAAGGAUAUUGAAGGAGUAGACAUUGAGUUCAUCUGUAAGACAAUUGGAACCAAACCAGUUGCUCAUAUUGGCCAGUUCACUCCUGACAUGCUGGGCUCUGCUGAGUUAGCAGAGGAAGUCAGUUUAAAUGGUUCCAGAAAAUUAUUCAAGAUUACAGGUUGUACAAGCCCAGGCAAAACAGUUACAAUAGUUGUCCAUGGUUCUAACAAACUGGUGAUUGAAGAAACUGAGCGUUCCAUUCAUGAUGCUCUCUGUGUUGCCCACUGCUUAUUAAAGAAGAGAGCUCUUAUUACAGGAGGUGGUGCUACAGAAAGAGUUGGCCCUGAGACUGACUGA